AUGGACAAGUCAUGGAUUGCGAAAGAUAGGGAUUCACUAGAAUAUGAAAUGGGGGUCGAGCAGUUUUUGAUAUUUGCUGAGGAGAACUCUUGUGACCCCAAAAAAAUCCCCUGUCCUUGUUCACGUUGUGUCAACUUCAAGAAAUAUCCCGUAAAGAUUAUCAGGGGUCAUUUGUACGAAUAUGGGUUUAGUUUAGGGUACGUUGAUUGGAUUUGGCAUAAGGAAGAGUCUAGGACUAGGUCAGUAGUUGAUAGUAAUUGCCGAGGUCCUACCCCUGUCCCCGCUGCCCCCGUUGCCUCAGCUUCGGAAACAGUUAAUGUUUGUGAUGCUGCGUAUAAUUCAGGGGACUAUGAUAAUGAAUCGUACGAGUUUAGGAGGUUCUUGGCUGAUGCUGAACAACCUUUAUUCGAUGGUAGCGAAUGUACCAAGUUAGAGUCGAUGCUGAAAUUACAUAAUUGGAAAGCUAGGUUUGGAAUCAGUGAUAGUGCAUUCACAGAUUUGCUUUCUUCUGUUGGAUCACUCCUUCCCAAAGAUAAUGUCCUGCCACAAAAUGCAUAUGCAGCAAAGAAAACCUUGUCUGAUUUAGGCCUAGAGUACGAAAAAAUUCACUCUUGUCCAAACAACUGCAUACUCUAUCGGGGUGUAUAUUCUGAUGUUUUUCAGUGUCCUAAGUGCCAUGUAUCUAGGUGGAAGGUAGGAAAACAUGGUAAAGAAAGAGUCAAUGUUCCGGCAAAAGUCAUGUGGUAUUUUCCAAUUAUUCCUAGAUUUAGACGAAUGUUUAAAUCUCCUACCACCUCCGAACAAAUGACUUGGCACGCAAAGCAUCGAAUACAAGACGGGAAGAUGCGACAUCCCGCUGACUCGCCUUCAUGGAGAAAUAUUGAUUAUAGGUGGCCAGAAUUUGGUAGCGAAGCAAAAAACAUUCGCUUGGCUUUGUCGGCAGAUGGGAUAAAUCCACAUAAUAAUGGACUAACAAACAGAUAUACUUGUUGGCCGGUAGUUUUAGUAAUAUAUAACCUUCCUCCCUGGUUAGCCAUGAAAAGGAAGUUUAUGAUGUUAACAAUACUAGUUUCCGGUCCGCAUGAGCCUGGUAAUAACAUCGACGUGUAUUUACAGCCGUUAAUUGAUGAUUUAAAGAAGCUUUGGGAAGAAGGCGAACCAAAUGUGUAUGAUGCGCAUAGUAAAUCAUAUUUUACUUUGAGAGCAGUUUUGUUAUGGACAAUAAAUGACUUUCCUGCCUACGGAAACUUGUCUGGCUGCGUUAAUAAAGGUUAUAUGUGUUGUCCAGUAUGCGGGGAUGAUACCGUUGCUAAAUAUUUGAGCCAUAGUAGGAAGAUGUGUUAUUUAGGUCAUCGACGUUAUUUGCCUAGAAAUCAUCCUUAUAGGAGGCAGCGGGCAGCAUUUAAUGGAGAACAGGAGUUGGGGCACGCACGGCAACCUCUUUCUGGAGAAGAGGUCUUAGCGCAGCAAGAACGGAUUAAAUUUGAAUUUGGGAGGGAAGGAAGAAAGUCAAAGAAGGUGGACUGUCCAUGGAAGAAGAAAUCGAUUUUUUUUGAGUUGGAAUAUUGGAAGUUUCACCAUGUUCGUCAUUGUCUUGAUGUCAUGCACGUCGAGAAGAAUGUGUGUGAUAGUGUGAUUGGCACAUUAUUGAAUAUGAAAUUUAAGUCUAAAGAUACGGCUGCUUCUCGUCUUGACAUGAUUGAUAUGGGGGUCAGGGCUGAUUUAGCUCCUGAAGUCGGAGUUAGGAAGACCUACUUGCCUCCUUCUGUUUUUAAUUUGUCAAAGGCUGAAAAAAAGGUAGUUUUAUCAUCAUUAAUGCAUAUGAAACUUCCCUAUGGACAUGCGUCGAACAUAAAAAAUUGUGUUUCGAUGGAUGAAUUGAAGAUGUUUGGGAUGAAGUCCCAUGAUUGUCACAUCCUACUGCAGCAAUUACUUCCUGUCGCAAUUCGUUCGGUUCUUCCCAAACAUGUGAGGGUCACAAUAAUAAGACUAUGUUUCUUUUUUAAUGCUUUAUGCUGCAAAAUUGUAGACGUGUCGAAACUAGAUAAGUUACAAACAGAUGUCAUAGUGACCUUGUGUGACCUGGAAAAGAUCUUUCCAGCAUCAUUUUUUGAUGUAAUGAUACAUCUGGUAGUUCACUUGGUUCGGGAAUUACGGUUAUGUGGGCCAGUGUUUUAUAGGUGGAUGUAUGCUUCUGAACGGUUUAAUAAGAUAUUGAAGAGUUACGUAAGAAACCGUUAUUAUCCCGAAGGUUGUAUAGCAGAAAGCUACCUCGGAGAAGAGUCGGUAGAAUUCUGCCAAGAGUUUGUUAAUCAAAGUUGCACCACUGCUGGUAUUCGCAAAGAUGCAGGAAAGCUAAGUGGUCCAUUAUCUGUUGUGAUAAUGAAAUCAAUUGAAGAAAAAGAGCGAGAUGAGGCUCAUUUACAUGUGCUUCUAAACAAUCCUGAAGUACAUCCAUACAUCGUAAUGCAUAAGGAGCAUCUAGAGGAAAUAUACCGAGGAAAAAAGAAAAGUCUGCAUUGGCUCUUGAGAGAGCACAAUCGGCUAUUUGCUGAUUGGUUUGAGCAAAAAGUUAGUAGUGAAAUGAUGAAGAAUCCCCAAGACAUUUCAGAUACCAUCAGAUGGCUAGCCGGAAAGCCAUCAUUUUCUGUUUUUACUUACGAAGCUUAUCUAGUUGACGGGGUUCGAUACUUUACAAAGGAUCGAGACCAUGUCAGGGUUGUUCAAAACAGUGGCGUGUCAUUAGUUGCUAAGACGGUCCAAGUGUCUAGUGCCAAGGAUAAAAAUCCCGUGGAGAGUGAUAUGACCUUCUACGGAGUGAUUUUAGAAAUAUGGGAGCUGGAUUAUCAUGCAUUCAAGGCCCCAUUGUUCUUGUGUAACUGGGCAGACAAUGACAAAGGCAUAAAGGUGGAUGACCUUGGGUUCACACUUGUGGAUCUAAGUCGACAAGGGCACAAGAAAGAUAAAUAUGUCUCUACUGAUCAAGUUAAACAAGUUUUUUAUGUUGAAGAUCCGGUCGAUGCCAAAUGGUCUGUUGUAUUAACCUCUACCACCCGAGAUUAUCAAGAGGUGUAUAAUGAUGAUGAUUUAGGAGACACAAUCAUGGAAAAUCCCCCAUUCUGCUCAGAAAUUCCUACGUGUGAUGUACCUGAUGAUGUUCAGCAUAGUAUUAGGAAUAAUAUUGAGGGAACUUGGGUUAAACAUUGA